CCUAAAUCGAACGAUCUCGGCAAUGCCCACCCAAAAAUUUCUCGUCAAGCGUGACUCACCGUUCUGCCUCGAACAAAAUUCUGCUUUCCAUUUCUCCUUGUUAUAGAUUCCGGAAACAAAAGAAAAAAUAUGGAACGAGUUUCACAAAACACUUAACCAUGACGGAACAGCUGAAAUCGAAGCUGCACGGACACACACGAACACGAGCGCCUUCGUGUGGUAGUGCAACACAGCUCGACGCGUUUUAUUGUCUUUCUUGUGUUUUUGAAAGCGGGGUGUACUACAUGUGCUCCUAACGUCAUCUCGAUUUCUGGUUCUCCGUGGUGAUCUGCGUCGCGGUUUUCUGCUACGAUGCAUCCGUGCAUCUCUCUCUCUCUCUCUCUCUCUCUCUACUUAUCCGUUUCUGCACCUGUCACACAACCGUCUCGAAUUCUGCUCUCCGGGAUCCAUGCAGAUCGAUGAAUCCGUGUCAUGACAUUUCACGACCGCUGCACUUUUUUUCGCAACUGUGAUCAAUCAUCGACGGUAUAUGCCCAGAGUAUAUAUAGAACGGUAGUUUUGGAUGGAGAUUCUUGGUUGGUCUAUUGGCUAGAUCGAGCCCUGCGUCAUGGACUACGUAUAGAACGGCAUGGAUAUUGGGGAACUGCUCGUGAACUUAGCCAUCAAGACACUGUUGUUGUAAUACACGCUCUCCAAGGUGUAUUAACUUCCAUUGGCAAAGGUCGAGCAUGGCUUUACCACACACUUAGCGAAGGCAGCUUUGAAAGUUACUUAGCCUGUUUGUUACGAGAUACGAAAACAUUGAAAAAGCAGUACUUCCCACAUGCACUUGUUCGGGAUGCUGAUAAGACCAACCAGCUAGUUAAUCUUCUUGCAGGUCUAGAGAAUGUAUCCUUCACAUUGCAAUUGGAUGUAACAUUCCUAGACACUUGCAACUACAUGCCCCAGAGGCCUAUGAGUGUGAUCCCUUCCGGAACCAUCUUAUCAUUACAUCUUAGAUCGUCCAGUGUAUCUUCAAGCUUAGCUUCUCCUGGCGAUAGUGGGGUCGCUUUUGAUAGCGACAUGGAUCUCGCGAACGAGACCGAUGCUAGCAGCUACAAAGAGGAAGACUUUAAUUUGGAAGAGAUCCCAAAGUACAGAAAUAACAGGUACAAAGCAACUAUGAAUGGUUGCAUGGAGGACAAUAAAAACUUCAGUUCCAGUGAUUCCAGUGAGGAUGGGAAAACGCCAACGCAGUCGCCCGGGAUGGUCUCUAAGUUUCAACCAGCGACGGUGACGAAAAGCGACAUAGCGAAUCAGAACUUAACUAGGAAACUCGAUGACAAUGAGCUUAAUUGUUCCAGCUUGGAAACUUUGAAAGAUUAUAGUUUUUAUAGCAAGAGCCUGGACGAAUCCAAGCUAGAUAAAGUAAAUAACAAACUCGAUAAUGGUGUGAAAGAGUUAAACAAGAGAAGCACAUACUAUAGCGACGGUAGUUACAGCUUUAAACGGAACGUUGAUUCACGGAAUUCGUACGUGAUCAAUAAUGACACAAAUCUAUUGGAGCUUAGCAUGACCAUCUCCGAUUGCGAGAACAUGGAAGCGCCUUAUGGUAUUUUGAAUACGAUCAACAUGACGGAUGCCAGCAUCUUAUCGUCUUCUAGCUCGGAAGCUCUGGUGCAGCGCAGACAACGCAAGAAGAAACGUGGGGAAAGUAAAAAGCGCGUUAGCUUUCAUGAGGAUAUCUUGAAGACCAUGAAACUGGAUGACGACGAGAACUAUGCUGACUUCUCCAUGAGUUUCUUGACGCCUAACUCGGUUCAGAAGAAGACUGCCCAGAAGGGAAGGUACAGUUGGUGUGCUCACGGUGAUUCACCUUACGUUCAGAAAACUGCGAGCACCAGAAACGCACACUCCGAUUAUUACUCCUACUCCUCGUCGUCGAGUGUUUUCGACAGCGACAGCGAAAAGAAGGCGACGCCAAAGACGUGCGCGGAAUCGUUAUGCCAGAGCCAUUGUAAAUGCGCUUGCGGUUUAUCAAUUUCGGAGCGGGGCGUGCCAGAAGGUCAAGAAGACCCAGGAAAAUCAUUGCUACCGAAAAUGGAGAUCGAAUUGGAGGACAACGAAGCGCAAGAGGCAUACAUAGUGGAGAAAGCCUAUGGGAACAUAGUUGAAGAUCCUCCGGCAAAGGUUCAAAUGCCUUAUUCUUCGAAUUCAAAGAAGCAACCCGGUUCCAGCGACUGGACCAGUGUAGAUAGCAUCGCCAUGUCCGAUUUAGAAGAGCGUAGGAAUAGCAGACACUUAGCUUCGCCGUUGAAAAAACGUAACAUGACCUCGAUAUUAACCGGAGAAAGUAGUAAUAAAUUGGCGCCGCCGCCUCUGAGACAGGCGCCCUCGAAAACCUCGUUGCUGAACAGAUUCCUGAAGUCCAUCACGGAGAGGAAGUUCGAGAUCAAGAGGAAUAAGAAGUCCCCGAAGACGAAUCCGCUGUACGUCAAAGGUGUAAAGACUAGUUACGAUUCUUUCAAGGACUUCAACGAUAAUCUCGACCGAGAGAUACAGGAGAACGUGACCGCGGAGAAGCAAGAGGUCAGCGGUGAAAAAGUCAGCUUGAAGAUGCGAGAGCUCUUCAAGAAGUACAUCUAUAGGGACAAAACGGAAGAGCUGUACAAGGUGUACAAGGUUCGGAGCUCGUACAUGACGAAUGACGACAGUAAACCGAUGAUCGCUUUACUGACCGACAAAACCUUGUAUUUAACCGGCACGAAGCCAGACAACACUUACAGCAAUCAAUUCGUUAUUCCUUAUAAUGAGUUAGACGUAAUUAUCAUUGGACCAAAUGCACAAACGAUAUUGUUAUCCAAUGCGGAUUAUGAGAUGCAGUAUCUAUUCUCUACUGGGAGUUCUCAAACCACAUCGGAUUUGAUCGCCUACUUGGAAAUGGCGAUGAGGAGGUCUCCGACGAAGCCUCGACUUCCGGCGGUGAAAGAAUUGAGUUACGAGGACAUGCAUACCUUGAGACAGUCAAUACUCAGUGACACUGCUGUACACCCAGACGAGAAGAUUGAACAUUACAAUCUAAUUUAUAUGGAGGAUGAGUACAUGUCGCCUCCCAGUACACCCUGCGGACCGACCAAAGAGGGUGACCUCAUGUACAGACCGCACACUUAUCAACAACUUCAUCCUAAUGCACCGACAAAUCCCUGGGAAGCUGGCUACUUUGUCUUGAAAGGCGGCGUUGUUUACAUGUUCACGGACGCGAAUCUACGGCUUCCAAUACGAGCAAUUCCAUUGAAGGGCGGUCUCUGUCAAGGGUGCAGGAGAAUUCCCAAUUCACAUCGACCGCACACCUUCGAAAUUCUUUUGAAGCCGAAUAAAGCCUUCCAAUUCGCCGCCCCGGAUGAGUACGUCGCUUCCGAAUGGUUGCAAAGUUUCGUUCAAAGUGCUUCGGGAUUGUUCGACGCAUCCGAGAAAAGGGAACCGCUGCCGUGUAGUCUGAUCACGACCACCAAGCACUUGGUUACCAUGAAAGAAGUAUUUUCUGGUAAACAACGUGGACAAACACUUUCCUGUGCCUCUGUCGAAGAUCUGACGGCCUUCAGAGUACCUGUAACGCAACAAUCCUGGUGCAUACUGGAGUUCUCGUGCCGAGAAGUUCAUGAGAGCAGCGGCGAUUGGGUGAUAUACUUCACAAACAACGCAGAAUUGUGCACUUUCAGGAAAAUUUUAGAGACACUGUGGGCCGAUGCGAGUCUGGGUGAAUUUCCUAUGGCAACACUUCCACCGGAAGACAAGCUUCAUAGACGUUGCUCGGACGCUGGUAAAGAGCUGCAGCUUGCAUGGCGACAUUUACUGUCUUCGGAGAGCGAAUAAAUAUUGUUAAGGUGUAUCGAUAGACAAUAGUUUAUGGCAUCGUCGUAUACUCGUACAGUAAUAGAAACAGAUGAAACAUAAAUGUUGGCGCUCCAGGUAAGUAAAUAUCAGUACAUAAUAAUACGAUGAAACGGAUAGCAACGGCUGAAGUAAUUAACUAAGCGUCGACGUAUAAAAUGUUUAACUACUCUUGAGAUCGAUGAUCAUGUUCCUCCAAGGAGUGGUGAACGCGCGAAAUCAUACGACUACAGGAUAUUUAACGAUAUAUAAUAUCGAUGUGCUAAUUUAAUAAAAGGGUGCAAUAUCUUUUUAAUAACGUAAAUCACCUUGAUAUUCUAUCUUUGAUGCAGGAUUAAAUUUAUUGUAAGAACUAAUUCGUAUCUGAAUAUGCACUAUUGAUAUCAAGUGAUUUAUUCUAAAGAAACAAAUGUUAACGAAAUGGCAGUAAGGUGUAGAGCAGCUUGGACAAGAACAAAAUAUUCUAUAAAUUGCUUUCGAAAUAAUUGUAUGACGUAUAGUUAACAUUCCUUAUAGUAAUAUCGAUAACGACGAGAAUAGUAAUUAUUAUGACGUAGCUUUCCAAUAUUAUUUUUAAUCCCUUUCACUUUCUAUGCGCUCGUGAUCUGUCGCUUGAAAGUUUUGAGCCUUAGUUAGAAUAAUCUAUAGCUAUACAGCAUACAUAUAUUAGUUUGUUUUCAAUUGUACAGAUACGAAAUCAUAUAAUCGCGAGAUGUAAUUAUUUUACAUCAUAUCAACCUUAAGGUGCUUUUAUUGAAUAAGUUGCUAUGUAAAAUAUCGAUGAUUCUAUACUUUAUUUCUUUGUAUACCGUUGAAAUUGAAAAUAUUGUCGAAGUAAGUGUAUCGAGAAUUGUUAGCGCAAGAUAGUUUCAUUUUAGUAAAUGAAAUUUGUCGUUUUCCUCAAAAUCGAUUUAAACGUUUUCCAACCGAAAGAAAUACAUGCAAUUUUAUGCACCAAAGAGAUUUCGUUCAAUGUGUGAAUUAAUUUGUGUUUUUCAAAUGGAUUCGUAUGCUUCUUUUUGUAAGGUCGUACUUUGCGUUAUUAGAACUACACGAUUCGAUGUAGUACAUAGUUUGUAAAUCACUGUGAAUAAAACUGUAACACUGUAUGCAUCGUUUCGUGUAAUCGUGUAUUAUUGCGAUGAAGCAUUUGAACGAUGAAACGUUAAAUUAACAAAAGACUCUCUCUAAUUUAUGUAAUUCUAACAUGGAAUAUUACACGAUGAAAAUAGGAAAAAUUGUGAGAAGCAUAAUUAGUUUACUGUAUUAGUUCUUGAAGCGUUAAAAAAUUAAAUUCAAAUGUUAUACUUUCUACGUGCUAUGUGUAAGCAUACCUAUGUCUUAAAUAUUGUGGUCGUGGAAUUUUUGCACAACGUUGACACCGCCGUACUCGACCUUCAAAGUUGCAACAAAACGAAUAAAAAUAAAAUUAUGACUAGUCGACAGAAUAAAGGAGAUUGCCUUUUUCUUACCUAUUUUAUAAUAACAUGUCGAUGAAUUCUAUUUCUUAUUACAUAUGACAUAACAUACGACUUCUGUAUUUCCCAUUUUUCUUUUAAUUAUAAAAUAUUUAAACACAAAAUUUCGACAGUGGUAGUUCAAAGGUAUACAGAUACAAUCAAUAUGGAAUUGAAUAACAUUUCUUCUGGAGCUAUACAGUACAUUUUAUACAAUAGAAGAAAUACUUUGACCUAUGUUAAAUCUAAAUACUUAUAUUAAAGAUGAAUAUAAUUACAGUUUUAAAAGAGAAAUGCAAUUAUUUGGGUAUGAAAUGAUCAGUUGCUUUUUUUGAUCUUCUUGCUUUCUCUAUAUUCGCUAAUGGGUACUCUUCUUUUGCAGCCUCUAUAUCCAUGUUUGGGAACAUACGUAAGAGAGUCGCCACUCGAUUCGUUUGACGACUACAAUUUCAAUGAUUUUUCAUAUUAUUUUUAAUUAAAUCGGAGUACUUAAGUUGAAUAAUGAAAUAUAGAAUGAUACGAACUCUCGCAAUUUACGUUUACGAAUCCAAAGUUUCUCUCUAUAAAGUCGUAGGAAUUUUCGCACAGCAUAUCCGCCAAAACCGAAGUGGUGUGUUUUAUGCCAUUUGGUGUUCAUAAACUUUGGUAUUACAUGUUGCCUCAUACGAUAGAAGAACCGAAGGCCUGUGAAAUAGAAUCCAUCGUGAAAUAAAAUGUUUCAUAAUAUUAAUAAUAACGAACAACAUACUGUACCUAGUGCAUUAUAUUGCAAUUUUGCCGGUCGUUCUCCAUUGACUCCAGUUUCAAGCAUAUGGUAUGCCCUAUUCCGUUCACGGACUACUGUUUCUAAGUUAGACAUACUGUCCUCAACUUUAUCAAUUCUUUCAGGAUUAGGGAAAUACUCGUAUUUCUUUUUGUAGACUUCUUCCAUCGUUAAUAACAUAUUUCGUUCUUUUAAUAAUACGUACCUAAUAGUUUAAAUAUACAUGCAAUUAAUAUUUUAUCUGUCA